UUUUUGCAUUUUUUCAAUAAAAACAAAAUAAACUAAUAAAUUGGAAUUACGGUACAUUUUGUGAUUUAACUUUUACAAUAAAAUAUUCAUACAUAUUAGAUACGGGAUAAUAGAUCUACAGUAUCUACGAAAUGACUACUGCAGUUUGUUUUGAUCAAGUGAAUUUUGUAUUUUGAAAAUCUUAAGUAUUCCUUGUAAUGUUGUAUGAAAGCUGGUGUAAAAAUGAGGUGCUGUGUAGAAAACUGUACAAAUGACUCGAAUAAAAUAAACAAAUUUAAUGGGAUCACAUUUCACAUGUUUCCAAAAGAUGAAAAAUUGAGAAAUGUUUGGAUUCAAGCUCUAGGCAUUCAUGAUUGGGAGCCCAAGGAGCGCAGUGCAAUAUGUUCGGAACACUUCAAACAAGAUGCCUUCUAUGAAACUAAAUCUGGCUCAAGAAAGUUAAGAAAUGGAGCUGUCCCAUUGCCUGCUAUGGAAUCAAAUGAGGAAUUGGGAGAUCCUGCAUCCUUAAUGGUGUGCAGGAUAUGUUUGGCAAUAGACGUAAAGAUGCACCACAUAAGAGACAACAAUCUGGUCUACCUCUUUGAGGAUGUCACAGGGAUACUGCUCGGUGCAGAUGACAGGCUACCAAAGAUGUUGUGCUGGGAGUGCACCGGGCGACUAAAAUCCGCCAAGAAGUUUAUCGAUAAGGCAGUGAGAUGUAAUGCGCUGCUGGCCAGCACAGGAGAUAUUGAUGGAUUUAUUACAAUAGGAGAUAUAAAAGCAAUAAACAGAAGUCAGAACAAACUACAAUCAAACCUGGUGACGGAAUCCUUAAAUGACUGCCACCUCGUCAUUAGCGAUGACAUCAAGACGGAGAAACAAGUUGAGUAUGAUGAAUUCAGUGAUGACAACAGAGAUGAACUACCAGAAUCAGAACCGGUACUGGAAGUUAAGGAUGAAAAGAUAUUUGUAGAGGAGUAUCCGGGGUACACUAGCGAAGAUGAUAGAACUUUAAGUGAAGUUUACAAGGAGAAAAAAGUGAAGAAGAAGAAGUGUAAAGUUAAAAGUGACAAAGUGAAGGAUCCUGAUGUGGAAGCAGAGAUGGAGAGUGUGGUGAAAGGAAGCGCAGACGACACUCCUGAAACUACUAUGAAUAGGUACAAGAAGUCCAUGGUCCGGCGGCGGAAGGUGGAGUCGUUCGGGCUGGAGCUGUUCACGGUUACCACGGCGUCGUACGAGGAACAGGUGGCGGAGGUGGCGCGCCGGCAGGAGAGCCACGCCUACCGCACCGCCCCCUUCCGCUGCACGGUGUGCUACCGCGCCUUCAACACGCGCGACCGCUACGACGCGCACGCCGUCAGACACAGCGAGCAAUCUGGCGCGUACGAAUGUUUCAUCUGCAAGACGCGGCUGAAGACGGCGCGCGCGCUGCGCAAGCACCUCACCGCGCAGCACACAGAGAAGUACUCCUGCAAGGGAUGCCCCUUCUCCACCAGGAACAGGGGCGUGGCGCGCGACCACGAGCGCUGGCACGCCGGCACCAAGUACCAGUGCCCGCACUGCCCCAGCGAGUUCGACAAGGUGACGACGUACCUGGGCCACAUCCGCAUCAAGCACGUGUCGCGGUUCGUGUGCGGGCUGUGCGGCUACACCUUCAUUAGCCAGAAGGGCAUCGACGUGCACAAGAGGAAGAAGCACCGCCUUGCCGACGACCAGUUGCCGCUGGAGGGUCCGUACUGCGCGGAGUGCGACGUGCGGUUCCUGACGCAGGAGGCGCACGACCGGCACCUACAGCUGUCCUCCCAGCACAGCACCGACCACGACCCCAACCGCAUCCGCAACGACUCUCAGAGCAUGAACACGGAGGGGCGGCGGCGCGGUGAGGUGCGGCGCAUCGAGCGGCGGCCGCGCGUGCACGCCGGCGACGCGCCCGCCGACGAGGACGCUGCCAUGGGGGGCGGGCCCGUCUCGUGCGAGCAGUGCGGCAUCCAGCUGCACGACCUGCGUCUGUACGCGCAGCACUUCCGGCGCGCUCACCCCGACAAGAACCGCACCAAGUACCCCGCCAUGAAGUCGCCCUGCAUGUGCGAGCAGUGCGGCCGCAUCUUCCAGAGCAUGGCGCUGCUGAAGGACCACAUGUGGGUGCACACGGGCGAGAAGCGGUUCAAGUGCGACCGCUGCGACAAGAGCUUCACGCAGAAGACCAACCUGGUGUUCCACAUGCGCGUGCACAGCGCCCAGCGGCCCUCCUUCCCCUGCCCCGUGUGCGGGAAACACUUCGCCUUCUUCAACAACCGCCGCCGCCACAUGUUUAUCCAUACCGGCCUCAAGCCGUUCAAGUGCGACACGUGCGACAAGUGUUUCACUACGGGCGGGGAGCUGCGCGCGCACGUCGACCACGUGCACCUCAAGAAGCCCUGGCCGAAGCGCGUGCGGACGAGACACCACGCCUGGCCGGGACCCGAAGACUGAAUGCAGCCUUUCGAGAUGAAAGGAUAGUCGUUUAUAAGUGUCGCUACUCGGAAAAUAAAGGCCUUAAUGUUAUACUCAAGAACACAAUGUAAAAGUUUUGCUGGUACUAUUUGUCAGGCAAAAAUAUUUUCUAGGCAUUCUAUAUUUAUCUUUAUUCACCCCUUACUAAUAAGAAUAUUUACACAGAGUAUAACUAUUCAAGGUUUGCUAUUUUUUCUGUCAAUUGACGUUUUCAAUAUGCCAGACAAAGGAAAGGCUGUGUAAAUAUUUUCAUUCGUAAUGCUAAGUACUCACAUACGGU